AUGCAACCAACACUGCUGAUACUCUGCCUAGCCCUGGUUCCGGCCAUCCUGGCCGACCUGGAAGUUCCGCUGGGUUGUGUCGAAAUAAGAAACCGUGACAUUGACCGAUUCCUGGUCAGUAGCACCCCACGCGACAACGAUCGGCGCCACGUCGGAUACAACGCCAAGGCUGAGCAGUGGUACAUCGAAAAGGACGGCAACGACUACCGGAUUGUCCACUACAAGUUGGGCGAGGAGCUGAUCGAGUCGGCUCAAACGUGGAAUGGGAACUAUGUCUUCACCUGGAAAGCAAAAGAUCAUACGAUUAACGGGUUGUGGAAAAUUUAUCGAGCUGGGCCAAAGACGAAUUAUUUUAUCAUAAGGAACGUCAAGUUUGGACACUGCCUGUGGACCAAAGGAGUAGGGGGCUGGAUUGGAGCUUAUCCGGAAUGUUACGGUUGGGAGUUCCAGUGGCAGAUUCACAAAUUUAAAUGCAAGAAAUGA